GAUUGCAUCUUUAGUUUUGAUCACACUAGCUAUAGAAACCUGUGGGAGAUGUUUGCUGCUACUAUUUCUAAUAACGCAACUGAGCUCUUUGCUUUGCUAGGAGCUGUUUACCUUCUAUGCUUGUGAAGUUGUGACCUUUCUAUUGAGACCAGACCAAAUGGAUGAAACUUAUAAGAUCUCUUCAACUGAAAGAGUCCAACAGGUAGAGAAAGAAUUAGCUGUGCAGCUGGCUGAACUGAAGACAGAAAUUGAAGGAAAUGGGAUCUUACAGGGAACUCCACAUUGUUCUGUGCCUCUUCCAAAAGACAUUGAUUAUUUCAGAAGAGAAAGGGAGUGGACACUGAAAAAAUGUUUACAGGUUGUAGAGGCAAAGCCUCUUGUAAUUCAGACUGAUGUCCUGAAGAGGGAGCUAGAUAGCUGUCUAAAAAGAGAAUAUACACCCGAAAGCUUACCCUUGUUGUUGUAUCAGUUUUUUAUCGACAGGAUCCCACAGUUAGUCCAAAGCAAAUACUUACAUAUGCUAAGAUGGAAAAGAUUUUGUCAGCACAGUAGUGUUAUUGAACAACUGUACCCUUUCUACCAGAAACAAGUGGCUCAAAUUAUGCAGGAGUAUAAUGAUGCCAUUCAAAGGUCUGCCAGACUCUCAAGUGUACGAGAGAGCUUUCUGAUUGGAAAAGAAAUUCCUAUAAACCUGGUGACCCAGGAAGAUUUGAUGAUCUACACACAAUGGCUAAUAUGUCAUUUGCAUUCACUUAAAACCAUCCAUGCCUAUCUCCAGGUACUCCAACACUUGCCUAUUUCUCACAGGACAGAGGUAACCAUUGACAGACAUUCAUUUCAAGGUGAUGGAGAUAAAUCUAAAGCUUCUGGAAAAAUGGAUUUUUUGUCUCCCAGGGUGCAGGUCUCUGUCCACCCUAGCACUUUAGCCAUGGAAGGAACCGUUGCAAAGAGUGCACCUCCCCAACACACUGCAGAAAUGGACCAACUGAAACCACAGCUCAGACUUCUGCUUUCUCAACUGGAUAUUAAUUAUGAUGUAGAGAAUGUGAGACAUUCUGCGAAUGAGAUGGAACUUUUUUCCAUGGUCAAACAUAAAUUUAGGAGCAUUUUCAAUAAACAGCAAACAAUGAGAACAUUUCCUGUUUAUGAUGCUGGAACUCCUGGAUCAGAAAAAUUGAGCAUUAUGAACUCCAACGUGACUUUGAAAAAGACAGCAAAUUGGACCUCUUUUAUAAAGAUUAAGCCUCAACAAGAUCCAUGGCAACAAAAACUAUUGAUAAAACUUAAACAGUGGAAAAAGGUAGAUGAACAGCUACAAAUUCAAUCAAAAUUGUUACAGGCUUCCAAUCUGGAGUAUGUGAUGGAGGCUCUCCAGGAGCAAGCGGUAGCCAUGCUAGAACCACCACCAAUGACAUCUGCCUUUAUGACUUCUUUCCAAUCGAAACAUUACAGUCAGAUCUGGGAAAAGCUUUAUCGUAAUCCUGAACUCUAUCAGGGGCAGCAAACGAAUGACAAUAAUAACAAUCUUAUUAUGGCAAUUGAUGAAAAAGGUAUGGAAAAUCUCAACUUUAAAGAGGGUUCCGCUUUUUCAGGAAAGAGGAAACAUGGAAGCGAAUUGACUGUCUCAGAGCUGCUAGCUUUAGAUGAAGACUUGGAAGCACCCAGCAAAGACCUUUCCACGAGAAAAGGUGGAUACUUGUCUGUCCUUUAUUUACGCCACUUGAGAAUCAGAGAAUUACAGAGAAUUUGCUUGGGAAUCCUCAACUAUUUCCGAUCCAUUGAAAGAACUCUGACCAUCAGCACCUCAGGUCUUGCCUCGCGCAGCGGACAUCUGAUUUCCACCGCAGAAGAUGCCAGCUGGGUGAACGCAGCCAAAGGAGGCACUGGCGCCUUUGGGGGUCUCAGCUCGCACUCUUACAUGCAUUAUACUCCCGCUGACUAUAAGGUCCAAAGUGUGCAGUUCAUGGAGUUUGCUGAGGUGGAGAACCAUGAUGAUUUUUACACUGUUGAAGAGGCAUACAUUCAUACCCAGGAUCAGAGAGGGGCUUUUGUAAUGUAUGAUGUGGCCCUCCAAGACCUGAAAGAGACAGAAAAGCAUCUUUUGCUUGUGGCAAGCCAGUACAUUGAGGUGGGAAAAGGCCAGAAAGCAGGGCCUGAUUCCUCUAGCAGCAGCUACUCAAGGCGGGCACAAACAUCAGUGGAUCGAUUGGCAGUCUUGCUUGACCUUUGGACUUGUGAAGCAGAUUUCUUAAAAAAUAAGUGGCAGCUUCUCGAUAGUUACUUUGAAGUAUACCAACAUGCUUUAGAUUCAGAAGAAAGAUUUACAUUGGCCCAAGUAAUAACUAACAUCAUGUACAGACGUCCUCGAUUUGAUUUCCACCUUGGGUAUUUUAUGAACACUUACAGAGAUGAAUGCACUUGUCUAAAGCUUCACCUCUGCUUGGUGAGAGAUAUUAUGAACCGACAGAUAGAGAAUCAGCGUAAAUAUAAUUAUAAAAUUUGGCGUGGUGGUCCUAAAGGUUGUAUCUCUGAAUUUGGCUUUCCCCCACAUAUAGUUACAAAACAGUUAAUUGCUCUCAGUAACAGCCCUACAGCUCUGAAGAACAUGUAUUUAUUGGAAUUUCAUUCCUCCCUUGGCCUAGUAUCUUUAAUUCCUAAAGCUCUAGAUCAUAUCCUUCAAGAGUUUCAGCAAAUCUGUAGGCCAAACACAGCCAGUGAGGCCAUUCAUUUGGAGGAACAAAUACUUCAACUUUCUUUGGAUGGAUGGAUGACCAUGGAAAAUCCAGAAUCUUUUUAUGGCACUCAAAUUCAGAAAGAUAUAUUUGCAGACGUUCUGGUUGAGGAUCCUCUUAUUAUAAGAGAAAUUGUUACAUUAGCCUUGAAAUCGGUCUCAGAGGAAGAACAGAGAUCGAGCAAAGAAAAGCAAACUAUUACUCUGAAUGUCUUUUCAAGACUCCUUGAACUUCUAACCCUCCGUCAUCGGUUGAUUGAGACAGCAGUAGAAGGAGCACAGCUGGGCAGACUGUAUAAAGAAUUUGCAGAAGAAAUGGGCUUUAAUGAGUUUCAUUUGUACUUACGACCUGUGUACUUUGAAUGUGCAACUCACAAAGAGAAGGCUGACCAGUUCUCACCAAUAUUCAUCGCUUCACUUUUAGAAGAUCACGACAUUAAUGUGGACAGAUAUAUUCCUUCUAACUUAAUGUUAGAGAUCCAAGAUAUAGACAAUCAAAUUGGAAAAUUUAGCUUUUGCACCAGGGAAAGCAUUUUGCAGCUGUUACUGAAGCCGUAUGGACUGGAAAACUUGCAGAUUGCUCUUGCUUGCCAAGUCACACAUAAAAACAUGGUCCUUGUAGCUGUUCAGCAGGCUGCAUUUUGUCCUUCAGUACAGCCCACACUAACUGGAGACUUAAAGGAAGGACACCUGAGUGUGAAAGGUCAGAGCAACAGCUCACCAAAUGGAAGAAGUUCUACAGUUGGGAGUGAAGCAGAGGAUGUCUUGAUGUCUCAUUCCAUUAGGCGAUUUGCAGCUGGAGGUUGCAAUUCAAUGAGACCUACCGAGGCUUUUGUUUCGAUUCAGCUGGAGAAACAGGGUCCACGUGACCUGAUGCUGAAUACAUUCAUUCAGAAGAAACAUAUCUUGGGAAGUCGAAUACAAAAUCCAGAUGAAGCUGAAAAAGUCAAAAGAGAAGUUAUUGCUGAAUAUUGUCACAGGUUGACUCACCGUAUGUCUCAGUACUCUCUUCGAAGUCAGAUCGUUGCUUAUUAUAACAGUAUAAAAACAAUGCUGGAUGACUUUCCCAGAGUGAAAGACAAAUACUUUACCAUAGGAUUGCCACAAGAGAAAAAAGAUGAAAAAGAAUCCAAAGAAAAAGUUAAGAGUGAUCCCAGGUCAUUCCAGCCACGACCUCGUUGCUUGCUGUCCAGCGAUGGACAAUCCUUCUUGAACCUGUGGUUCAUCCCUCACUCUUCAGAAACCCUAGCUGCAUUCAAAAUGCUACCAGAGAAGGUUGGCUGUAGCGCCCUGCGGCACACAUUGCAAAUCGUGGCAUCCUUUCACGACAUUAUUGCAUACAUUUUCAGUUUUGCUCAGCUAGGAAGUGCACCAGGCUGCUUGGAUUACAGGUGUCCUUCUGAACAUCUCACAGCAGACUGGGGAGGGACUGAGCAGAUUGGAAUUGAACUUCUUGAAAUACAGAAAAAAAUAGACAGCCUUCCAAAUUCCUCAGAUCCAAAGAAAGUGUCUCAUAUGCUGACCAUGCUCAAAGAAGUGAAGUUUCUUCAAUUUGAAGCAGCAGUGAGAUAUUCAAUGAGGGAAGCAUUUUUAUCAUCUGGAAAUGUUUCUGCAUAUCAGAGUAUUACUGACAACAUUUACCACGCGUUGCCUCCCAUGAGUAAUGCAGUUUUUGGAAGUGCAUUUGCUUCUCAACUCCAAAUCCCACAGCUAUUAGAUCCACAUGGCCAGAGAGCAUUAAUGCUGUUUCCCUGGAGGACAUUCUUAGCAAAAGGAGGUCUAUUUCCUGACACCAUAAGCAACCUAAAUCCCAUCAAUUCCAGUAUGCAGUUAUGUCUAUGUGGUCUGAGCACUGAGGAUCAAAAAGUAGCUCACGGAGAGCUGAUUGGGAUAGAGUUUAUAAUGGAAGAUGUUCUCUGGAAUUCUGAAAUUCUGAUUGACCAAGAAGUGCAAAAACCAUUCAGAAAGGUUUCCGCAACAUCAACAUCUGAAGCAAAAGGAAAAGCUUUAACAGCACCCCCUGAUACAAUGACCUCAUAUGCCUUGCAGAGAUCAUAUCUGAUACAAUGGAAGCAGUUGGAAAUGUUAAAGGCAGAAUGGGGAAGACUUAAAUUGAAAGUUGAAGAUAUCAACACAGUUCCUCUGUAUAAGCAGUUUUCUGAACUGUAUGAAGCUGAAAUCUUUCAUGCUGCAAUGAGAUCCAUAGCCAGACAUUGGGGUAUAGAGGAUGAGUUUGAAGAAUAUGGCACCAUCCAACCAUGUUCACUCUUCCCUAAAGAAGUUUCAAAAAUUGAUGUAAUAACACACCAGUUUCAAAAACUUUUGGAAAAUUUAGAAAUACAUAUGAUCCAUGAUGUACAAAAGAAAAUUAACAAAGAAAUAACACUGGUUUUAUCUGAAAAAGCAAGAGAAGAAAGGCACCUCCCCACAGAACUCUGGAAGCAUCACAGCAUGCAAGAAAUGUUCUCUGUCACAAGGCCCGAAAUAGUUGAAUCAUUUAUACAGAGGCUAAUGGAAGAUCAUCAAGAAAUUAAUGCAGAGAUUACCUUUCAAAGGGACCACUUUAAAAAAUGCCUUACCUCUCUAGCUUGUGAUGUCAUGGCCAGAGAACGUAGCAACUUUGAAACCUACUCCAUGUUCUAUGAAAAUCUGCUCCGUUGGCAACAUCAGCUACUAUAUCAAAAAGAACAGGAAGUGCAUGUCAUAGAAGACAACACAGGAGCUGUUGAAAUGGAUCUGAGUCAAAUAGCUAGACUGAGUCAUGAGAUGAUUCUGGAAAUAACUGCUUUGCGAGCCAAAGUUACUGAUCUGCAAAAAGAAGAACACAAUAUCAAAGAAAAGAUAAGAAAAGAAGUUCAAGAGGAUUAUGAAGCAUUGGUACAAAAUAUAUUUUUGGUGUGUCUGCAAAUAAAAGGGAAAGUAGAUGAAUAUCGUCUAAGCAUGAACAAACAAAUGUCAGAAAUCAUCAGUGAAGUGAGAAAAGAGGGUGUGGAGAAAAUUAUUAAUCUGAAGAAAAAGUUUGGCUCUACAAAGGAUAACAGUGCGCUUGAAGAACAUUUGGCUCAGCAGGGGAAGUUGCAGGAACUACGGGAUGAAAACAGUGAAUUGGAGAAGUUGUUAUGCAAACUGAAGGUCUUAAAGUUCUGGAAAGAAACAAUGCAAAAAGCACAAUUUUUGACAACAUUGCAAGAAGUAGAGAAGGAGGCUGUUCAGAAUAAAAAAGAGUGCUUGCAAUCCCAGAUGAAGUCGGAAGAAGAGGCCAUUUUAUUUAAUCAUCAGUUGAGAGCUAUAAGGAAAGUCUUGGCAGAAUCUCAGACUGAAAAUAAAAAGCUGAAGCAACAACUAGAGAAACAGGAAUACUUACUUCAGGAAGCAGAACGUAAGAUUAAUCAAGAAUUUUGUAAAAGACAGCAAUUAGAUUUGAUUAAGACAGCAAACUUGGACAAAAUGUUAGAAAACCUUGGGGAGAGAGAAGUGAAGUUAUUGAACCUGACAGAAGAAUCGGAAAAAUCCUCUAAAACAAGACAUUUCCAGGAAGCAAAGAUGAAGAAAGAAAUUCAACAAAUAAGAAGCCAGCUGACCCAGGAACGCAAUUUAAAACUGAAUGCUUUCCAAAAGAUACAUGAGCUGCAGUGUCAACGUUAUGACUCAGAAGCUGCAAUUUCCCAGAAAUGUUCCCCUGCAGUUGCAAGGUGGUCUGCUAAUCUUUCACACAUUACUAAAAGCAAACAUUACUACUUUCCAGGUUCUUCUUCAUGCAGUCAGAAUGCAGAAUUGCCAACAUUCAUAUUAACCAAGGAUUCCACUCAGAAUCUUUUGACAGCCAAAACCAAGUUAGAGAAGAUUCCUAGACCAAAAACAGUACCUUCAGGAUGGAGAAAAAGAAUAGUAGACGUUCUAUUGCCAGAUCUUACCCAAACUUCACAUUCUACUUUUCCUGUGCAACAAGAGUGAAACACAUCUCAAAAAUAAACUGCUACUAGAUUUGUCAUUGACCAAGACUGAAAACAUUACUGUGCAUAUAGUUGCUGUCAGUAAUUGUUAAUAAAACUUUUCCUACCAUAUUUUCUUCAAUGCUUUUGAGUAAUAAUAUGAGAAUAAAAGAUUUUGGCUUUGUCAUGCCAUAUUGAAAUUUCAUUGUUGUUCUUUUGAAAGUUACAUAUUGUCAUUGUACAGGUAGUCCUCAACGUACGGCUACAAUUGAGCCCAAAAUUUAUGUUAAGAGAGAAAUUUAAGUGGGUUUUGCCCCAUUUUACAACUUUUCUCACCACAUUUAUUAAAUGAAUCACUGUAGUUCUUAAAUUAGUAACAUGGUUAUUAAGUGAAUCUAAUUUCCUCAUUGACGUUUCUUGUCAGGUUGCAAAAGGGGAUCACAUGACUCCGGGACACUGCAACAGUCAUAAAUGUGAGUCAAUUGUUAAGCAUCUGAAUGUAAAUGUGAUCAUGAGGAUGCUACAAUGGUCACAAGUCCCUUUUUUCAGUGCUGUUGUAACUUCGAACGGUCACUAAAGGAACUAUUGUAAGUCGAGGACUACCUGUAUAUAAUGCACAUGCAUUGUAUAAAACUGUAGUUUGAUAUUUCUUAAACAAAUGAUCUCUUGGGUCCCCUAAAUUACAAAUGCCUUAUAAAAGUACAUAGCACUAUUACAUGUUGUCAAUGUAAUGUUUAUUAGGUUGUUUAUGUAGUCUAGUUCUAAGUAACUUACUUGGACAAAAAAAGCAUUUUAAUAAAUGAUUUAUUAUUUUCGUA